AUGGGCUUCGUCGAUUUCUUCGAAACCUAUAUGGUAGGUUCUAGGGUCCAAUUUAAACAGUUAGAUAUUUCUGAUUGGUUGAGCCUGACACCAAGAUUGCUUACUCUUUUCGGAUACUUUUUUAUCCAUUCCUUUUUCACUUCAAUCAGUGUCUUUCUGCAAUUUGUCAAUACUAGUUCCUUUUGCCUUAGAUUACACCUACUAUAUGACAGAUUUUGGUCAAAUGUACCCAUAAUCGGCGAGUAUAAAAUUCGGCUCCUUUCGAGAAUACUUAGGUAUACUGAGGUGAAAAUAAUACCAAACUUAGAUAAGGCACUGGAGGUGAUUGAAAUAUGGUUUCAAUUACAUUUAGUUGAAAUGACCUUUGAGAAAAAAAAAAAAGUUCAAGUAUUUAUUAGCAGUGGAAGUGAUGAUCUUAACUUUUUUCAAGAUAAUAAAUUUCAAACUACGUUAAUGAUAUGCAACCAUCGAUCAGUCAAUGAUUAUACUUUGAUUAAUUACUUAUUCUUCAAAAGUUGUCCAACCAAAUUCUAUAAUAAAUGGGAGCUUAUACAAAAGUUAAGGAAAGGAGAAGAUUUACCUGAAUGGCCCCAGUUAAAAUUCCUUGGUUGGGGAAAAAUGUUCAACUUUCCCCAAUUAGAUUUACUAAAGAACAUAUUUUUUAAGGAUGAAACUCUCACUUUAUCACCAGAAAAUCUAAAAGAUCUUCUAGUGGCACAAAACAACAAGGCUAUAGCUAUUUUUCCCGAAGUUAAUAUCAUGAGUUUAGAGUUAUCAAUAAUUCAAAGGAAACUAAAUCAAGAUUUUCCCUUUGUUAUUAAUUUUUACAAUUUAUUAUACCCAAGAUUCAAAAACUUUACCAGUUUGAUGACUGCUUUUUCAUCAAUUAAAAACAUUAAGAGAAAAAAAAAUCACAAUAAUAUUAUCAAGGAGGCCAGAUACCUGUUUCACAGAGAAAUUGAUAAAUUGGUUCAUAAGAGUAUAACAAUGGAGCCUUCCAAUAUGUCCGAUAAGAUAUUACCGCCUUUGAUCAUGGAUAAUACAUUUUUACUUGACAAAAAGAAAAAUACCAGCAAUGACAAGCCCAAACCAGUGCGAAUCAAUCCCUACAUUUAUGACUUCACCAUAGUAUAUUACAGAGUCAAAUAUACAGAUAGUGGGCAUGAUCAUAUUAAUGGCGAUUUGAAAAUCCAUAAAGGUUAUGAAUUAGAGCAGAUCUCCCCAACAGUAUUUGAAAUGAUACAGCCAGAAAUGGAGUCCGAAGACAACAGAAAAGAAAAAGACCCCAUUGUGGUGAUGAUACAUAUAAAAAAGCACCAAAUCCAACCAUUACUCGCGUACAAUGACGAAAGCUUGGAAAAAUGGCUUGAAAAUAGAUGGAUAGAGAAAGAUAGAUUAAUCGAAUCCUUGCAAAAAAAUAUCAAAGUUGAGACCAAAUAA